AGAACACACCGAUGUUCCUAUUGUUUGUUGGAUGUCACCGAGUCAGCCGCGCCCUUCGUUCCUACCCCCACCCUCCCCGGUUAGAGAGCUCGUUACGGACAGGUAAACUCUCCAACGACCAAAGUCACUCGAAACUGGAGAAAGGAACGUGAUUUUCGUCCAACUUUGUAUUUAAGAGAGAGGACUAGUUUUGAACCUGGAGGUUUUACAUGGUGGAGUGACUGGAAGGGGAACACGAUCUGCACCUUUGGAGGAGAGACAUGUCAAUCAAACAUCUGUUGGCAUGUCCAUACACAACCCACCAAUAGGGAAAGUCUGCAUGUAGCUCUAACCCCGUCCCUCUCAUACGCCCCUUCCCUCUCAAGCAUUCAGCCAACCCCAUUGGCCCAUUCCUCUGAAGUCCCGCCCACUCCCCCGGCUCCGAUCUCAUUGGCCAGAUGGCUGCCACCGCCCCGCCCACCCAGGCGAUGGCCGACGCCCACAGGUGCUACGAAAACGAAACUGUGAAGUUUUUCUACAACGAGAGCGGGAAGAUCAUCAGCGACCACUGGCGUCGCCGUGACUACAUGGUGGUGGGCCUCGGCCUGACGGUCUGUGUCAUCGUCAUCCUCUCCAACAUCCUCGUCAUGACGGCCAUCUUCAUCAACCGCCGCUUCCACUACCCCAUCUACUACCUGCUGGGAAACCUGGCCGCCGCUGACCUGUUCUCUGGCAUCUCCUACCUCCACCUCAUGUUCCACACUGGCCCCUGGACCAUGAAGCUGUCGCCCACCCAGUGGUUCAUCCGGCAGGGCCUGAUCGACACCAGCCUGACCGCCUCCGUGGUCAACCUCCUGGCCAUCGCCGUGGAGCGCCACCAGACCAUCUUCACCAUGCAGCUGCACAGCAAGAUGACCAACCGGCGGGUGGGCCUCCUGAUCGCAGGGAUCUGGGCCCUGGCCAUCGUCAUGGGCCUGGUGCCCACCAUGGGCUGGCACUGCAUGUGCGACCUGCCCAACUGCUCCACCAUGGCUCCACUCUACAGCCGCAGCUACCUGGUGUUCUGGGCACUGCUGAACCUGCUGACGUUCUCCGUCAUGCUGGCCGUGUACACGAGGAUCUUCGUGUACGUGCGGAGGAAGAGCCAGAGGAUGAGCCAGCACACCACGCAGGCCCGGCACAAGGAGACGGUGGUGAACCUGAUGAAGACCGUGUCCAUGAUCCUGGGAUGCUUCGUGGUGUGCUGGACCCCAGGGCUGGUGGUCCUCCUGCUGGACGGGCUGGGCUGUGACUCCUGCCAGGUGCUGCGCUACGAGAAGUACAGCCUGGUCCUGGCCGAGUGCAACUCCCUGGUGAACCCCAUCAUCUACUCCUUCAGGGACAAAGACAUGCUCCGCACCUUCCGCAAGAUCCUGUGCUGCCUGUGCCGUCGCCCCGGCGACCAGCUGGAGUCCGCCGUCCGCUUUGACACCCUGGAGCACGAGACCUAUAAGAGGGAGAGGGAGAAGGAGGAGGAUAAGCUCAAUGGAACUUCUCUCAUUCUGGAAGCCUCACAGGAGCAACUGGACUCUACAGAGAGCUGACACACAUGCACGCACGCACACACACUCACACACACCCACGCACACACACUCUCACACACCCACAAGCAUACGUACACACACCCACUGUAAUUUUUUUAAUAUUAGUUUGACUGUGUAAAUGCUAUCAAUUGUUCAUGUAUUGUUGAUUGUAUGAUUUACUUGACAAAUAUACUUUGAAUCAACUUUAUUGACAGCUACCGUUCUGACAAUAAACAAUGUUCCGUGACUCGAUACAUUCCACAAUAUCUGGUGCCAGUUCUUCAUCGUCAUGGUAACGCAUCAUUUGGACAGUCGCUAGGUCAGGCGAGCACCUCGACCAGAGAGAACCUCUGUCUGGGAGGAGAAUAGUUCAGGACGCUGUCAAACACUCCCUUUCCUCCCUUCUCCUUCUUCUUCUCUUUCUUCUUCUGUUCCCUCCCCAGGUUUCUCCAUGACUUUGACUCCUUCUUAGAGGUGUUCAACGACAGCUUCUUGAUUGA